UUAAUAAUUUAUUUACCCUUGAAGUCUAAUGAUUAAAAAUAGAACAUAAUUCAAUAUAGAUAUAUGAUUCUAUUAAUAAAUUAGCAGUUACAAAUUUGAAAUUUUUAGAAAUAUCAAAAGUCAUAUGUUAGUUAAUUAUUUUCUAAAUGACAUAUAUUUCUAAUUCUUUUUGGAUGAGAAUAUUUUUGGGCUGCGAGAUUUUUCUUUACCUGGCCCACCGGCAAAUAUUUUUGCAGCCUAUUAUAUAUAUUUUUUUGGUUUUAUAGCGUUCGGACUGGUCCGAGUGGGAUAUUCAGUGAUGUUACGUGAUAUAAAUCAAGGAGCAUGGGCAAUAGUUUUUUUCUAGUGACAUGGUAGUUUGAUAGGUGGGGAUUAUUUUGCCCAUGUGGCAUCUCUAAAAAAACUAGAAUUUAGCUUCUUUUAUAUAUAGUAGGAUUUGAUCAACAUCUAAUAUACAAUGGCAAACGUAGAUUCCUUUUCAACGUCGACGAUGCUCAAUGCUUUACAACAUAUCUGUUUUGCCGCACCCGUGGCCGUGGAAGAAAAGAAUACGUCCCCACCAAGAGAAACCAUGAUCAUCGAGAAGGAUGAACAAGUCGAAGGCAUGGAUAUAGAAGAAGAAGAAGAAGAAGAUUGGAUAGAAGAUCUCAUGGGAAUAUACGCGUCAAAGGGAUUAGAAACUGUUCUCACCAUGAUCAUUUAUUCCAAGGAUCAAAAACCACCACCACCAACAUCCGCUCGUCUUGGAGACAUAUCUAUACUGACAGAAUUGGAUGAAGAGUGGACCCAAGAGUUGACACGUGAUGAAGACCAAUUAGCUUACAAUGUGCAACAGAUGGAUCAAGAUUAUAUUAGUUGACUUCUUCUCUACUUUAUGACAAGCUUAAUAUCAUCUUUAAUGGAGAGACACAAACUGAAGAAGAUCCACGAAUUAUAUUGUAGUUAGUAGUGUUCGUUAGUAGUUUGUUUCUAAUUAUGUACUUAAGUUUUUCAUCAAACAGUUAUCAAAUCAAUUCUGCGUUCUUCUUCCUUUGUUUUUUUCUUCCGUGUCCUGAAAGAAAAUAGUCUGAAAAUCAAUUUCCUACAAACACAAAUUACCAAACAGUGUAUUAAAUCAGCCAUAACAAUGUUGGUUCAAGCAACAGGAUAAGAGAAUCUUGACCAAGAUGUGCCAAAGGGUUCAUAGAUAUUGAGUUGCUUGGAACAUAAGCUUAACGGAACACACUAAAUAAUAAUCUAUGAGGUCAAACUUAAAGUGUAUAAGACCUCGAAGAUUUCACAGAGUCAAGAUUAAGUGUAACGGCUUAAUUGUCUCGAUAAUUUAAAAGAUCAUUAUAUAUCUGCUUGGAAAUUAUGGUUGCAAUCAGCAAUGUAUUUCCAGCUUUCUACAUAUCCGCUGAAAAUUUCAAACCAACCAUGAAAAAAUGCAGAGGAUGGUUAGUGUUUUAGAUUCUGUGAAAUCCUAAAUCCAUUUAAGGAUUCAAAUUGAGAUCCAUGUAACUAUAGUAGUAUGAUCAAACACUUUUAAGUAAAAUUCAUGUAUACUCACUCAUAUACCAUCUAUAUGGCCAAAAGGGCUCAAGUAACAGAUGCAGAGAGAAAGCAAAAUGUUGAUUAAUGUUAAACGAUAUACCAAGAAGAGAGUAAGUGAUGCGAAUAGACCCUGUUGGUAUUACACUUGCAUAAAUUUUUGACAAUCUUAGAUUUGGUUUCUUUAGUUAUAGUGGUCAAUAUUAAUUUGCAAGUUUAAUUUAUUUGAUUUGAUCUUAUGGAAUUAUAUUACUUUUCGACACUGGAUGCUCGUCUGGCCAUAAAUUUAGUUGGUCAAUAUUUGUGUGUCUAUAUUUGGCCUAUUACCUUAUUUAUCACACAAAAAAAUAUUAUAAAUACUAUUGGGUCAUUGAGUCUUUAGAUCCAAAAUCAAAAAUGAGUUAUCUCUUUUUUUUUUUUGUUAGUUCUUGCUAUGUAUUUUGGUUUUAAAGAAAGUUCUGGAUGUGCUCCAAACACUUUACAAUUCAAAAACCACCUUGGAGCUGGUCAUUUACUCAUUGUCAAAUGUCAACUGCUUGAACAACAGACGCGUAACCCAAGGUGCCAUUUAUGUAUUACCCCAUACCAUAUACAGCUUUCCGGUUAAGGAGAAAGGAUCAAAUAGAAUAGUAUGGAAAUGUGAAUUAAAGGAUGCAAAGAAUAAAAAAUAUCUUAUAAUAUGGAGAGCAUAUAGAGGAGCCGCCCUACCUCGAUGUGGUCAGAUUCACGAAUAUAUUGCUGAACUUAAAGGUGUUUCCUUAGUGAGAAAUAAUAAACCGGUUAAAGAAUUCUUUACUUGGACUAAAUACUAGUAUAUUUACCAACGUUAAGUUGGUCUAGUGGUAAAGGAGUUGCGGUUGUACCGACCGUUACUUGGGUUCAAUUUACGCUGGGAAAAACUAUUUACAAUGCUUGGGUUCCCGGUAAAGAAGUGAAAUCACUUUUUUUUACCAAAAAAAAACUAGUAUAUUUCUUCUUGUUCUUAUGAAACUAGUAUUUAUGAAGCUGAUUUUUUUAUGUGCCUUGCACAUUAAGUCAUUUACUUUUUAAUUUUGGAGUUAUAAUAUAAAUAAGAAUAAUAAAGCAUGUAUCAAUCUGCUAAGUAAUAAUAAUUAUAAAGUAUGAGUUUAUUUGAAAUCAAUAUUGUUGAAUUAUGUUGAAGACAAAGGUAAAAUUCACAAACACGAAAAUAGAAUAAAAACAGUUGGGAUUUAUCUUUGAAAAUUCCCAUAAUACUCAACAUGAUAAUAACACCACAAAAUCCCCACAAAGAAGAAAAAUCCAUGAGGAAUAUAAUAAUAAAACCAAACAUAUCAUCACAAAUAAAACCAUGUGAGUGAUAUGCAAGUGAGGCAAAACGACAGGGCAUUACGAACAAAACCAACUUUACAUAAAAGUAUAAAACAAACGAAGCUCAAAAAAUCUUGGCACGAAAAAAAUGAAAAUUACCCUCGCCAUUGCCAAAAAGAAUAUACUCCAACGACCUCGCCAUGCACAUAUAUAUAUUUACUUUCCCUUUAAAGUAUCAACACUCCACAGAUCUCAACACUUUCUCAUUCUCUACAAUCACACAACAAAACCCCUUACUAACUCCGCAGAGUUAACCUAUAUAUAUACUGGCGAACGGCGCCGAUCCCUUUCCGAUGACGACACUACCCCGUUCAGCCGCCGCAAGAGCAUCCGUCGAACAAGAGUCUCCUGUGGUUCCUCCCCCUCCAAGAUUCAUCGCACCAAGAAGAUUCGUCAAUCUUACCGAAGAGAAUCGAUCGUUAACCAACUCACUUCGCUCUGCAACCUCUACACUUCAAGAAACGGACACGUGCAUGCGAUCGUUGCGCAACUUAAUGACUAGCGAAGAAGACGGUGGUGCGGCUCAGUUUAGAGAGGUGAUCUCAGAGUUAGAAGCAGCCGAUCUUCGGAGGAUGGCCUGGUUCCUGACGUCACACUCCGGCUACUUCUUGACCAUCGCAAGAAACAAGAACGGCUCCUACCGCCUACAGAAGCUCCUCGGGAAAUCAAACGACGUGGACACCUUAUUCUUCGCCGCUUUCUUCCGCAGCUUCCUCGACAUCAUGACCGACAAGGAGGCGUCAUUCGUUGUCCUCCAAGGGCUGCGAGUUUUCAGCAACGUGAUGAAGGAGGCAUUGUUCCCCCACAUUCUCGAGCACGCGGUUGAUCUGGCGUGUGACCAACACGGCUGCGUCGCGCUAAACCGUUGCAUAACCGUGUUGGACGAUCCUUACUGCAGAACCUUUUUCUUGUACGCGGUCGUGGUGAACGCCCUCCCCUUCAGCUACCAUGCUUACGGGAACUUCGUGGUGCAACACGUGCUUGACCUAAAUGACUUGCAAUGCACGCGUAACAUUGCGGUUAACCUCCGUGGACAUUGCGUUGAGCUUUCGUUCGAGAGGUAUGGAAGCUAUAUCAUGGAGAAGCUUUUGGAUACGAAGGAGUCGAUGGUUGUGGUGGUGGAAGAGCUUUUGAAGUGCGAAGGAGGUAGGUUGGUGAGACUGGCGAGGGGUACGUAUGGGAACUUCGUGGUGUACAAGGCACUUAAAGUCGCGCAGGCGGAGAUUGCUACUAGGGAUGAUCUGUUUUGGGGUUUGGUGAAUAAGCUCAAGCCUUUUCGUGAUCUCUUGGGUGCGUCUUGCUCUUACACCAUUGCAACAUUCUUGGACUCGAUUGAUUAGGUUUGUCUCCAACUAGUUAAUGCUAGGUUCUAUUGCUACGACAUAUGGUGAAAGCUCUGAGGUUUUAUGGUUUCUUAACUAAACUCUUGUAAUGAGAUAUUUGGUGUUUGUACUGAAAUCUAUUGUUUAACCAAACCAAGUUUUCAAUUCAAUAACAGACGGCACAAAUUUUAAAGUAAAUGAGGAAUGCGUAGCUAGGAACCAAAAUGCUUGUUGAUGAAUUCAAUCAUUCACAAAUGCAAGGCUUAUUUAAAAGCUUGUUUCAAGAGUUGUGAAAAAGAAA